AGGACAAUAAAACCUGAAGGUGGCAGUAAUGCAACUAUAUGUGAUUAACUCAAAAGAAGAAGAAUCCAACGAAGUGGACGCAAACUAUCUUAACAACUUCACAAAUGCAAUUUCAGAGCGCUUUACGUUUACUGAAAGUGACAUCUAGAGCGUUUUCACUAAUAGCAAUGCGUUCGACAUCACAUCAAGUAUGCAUACAACUUCUUCCAGGCCCUGGCUCUUUCUUUGACGAGGCUGUGCAGGUGAAAGUGGAGGGACUUGCACCACAACAGCAAGUGGAGUUGAGAUCAAGGUUGACUGACCACAAAGGGGUCGUCUUCAAAGCGUCUUCAGUGUACAUUGCAGAUGCAACCGGGCAGGUGGAUGUAUGUACCUCCCCUUCCUUGAGCGGGACCUACACCGGUGUCGAGCCUAUGGGUUUGUUUUGGUCCAUGGCGCCCGAGACCCCGCACAAAAAAGUGUUUAUUAAGACUGCGUCGAGUCCGAUACUUGUCAACAUAGACGCCCUCAGCAAUACUGGUGAAGUAUUGGCUUCAGAGACUAGCGAAAGGCAGUUCAUGAUAGAGGGCAUGCGUAGGAUACCACUGAAGGAGGACAAAGUUCGAGGAGUCCUGUUUCUGCCACCGGGCGAGGGUCCCUUCCCAGGAGUUGUGGAUAUAUACACACUGGGUGGUGGUCCGUGUGAAGCACGAGCCAGUCUGCUGGCAAACAAAGGCUUUGCGGUUCUGGCCCUGGCAUAUUAUGGAUAUGAAGACCUGCCCAAAAUUAUACCCAAGAAAUUUGACCUGGAAUACUUUGAAGCAGCAGUAGCUUUCCUUGGAGGACAUCCACUGGUCCAAGGUCCUGGAAUAGGUGUCAUUUCAAUCUCCAAAAGUGGAGAUUUGGCACUGUCAAUGGCAUCUUUUCUGUCUAGGAUCUCAGCAACAGUAUCUAUCAAUGGCUGCAAUUCACCUGUCUUGUCCUCAUUGCAUUACAAAGACAUCAUCAUCCCUUACUUGGCACCUGUGUUUGAGAACAUCACCGUCACACCAUCUGGUAUUAUUGACAUCCGCGAUGCCCUUCCAGACCCCAUGGCGACAGAGAAGACCCGGAAGUCUGUGAUCCCUGUAGAACGUGCCAGUUGCCAGUUCCUCAUUGUUGCCUCAGAAGAUGACAGGAACUGGAACAGCUGUCUCUUCGCAGAGCAGUCUGCAGCGAGACUGAGAGACUGCAAAAAAGAUAACUUUGAGUUGGUGAGGUAUCCCAAUGCAGGGCAUUUCCUGGAGGUGCCCUUCAUGCCCCAUUGCCCAUCUGCCUUCCAUGCUGCAGUGGGUAAAGAUGUGAUGUUUGGGGGGCAAACAAAAGCUCAUUCAGAGGCACAGUUGGACCUGUGGAGCAGAGUCCAGAAGUUCUUCAGGAAGCAUCUAGAAAACCAGACACACAGCCAGAAAGCUAUGCUAUAACACAUAAGUGCUAUAAUACAUAUGUGCCUUUGCAAACAUGAGCAUAAACAACAUAACUAGUCACAGCACUGUCAGUAACAUCUUUUAAAAUGCUUGGCACAAUAUCUAGCAAGCUAAUGAGUAUGUUUUAGGCAGAUGAUGUGGGGGAAAAAUCAAUUAUGGAAACACCAUUUAAAUGAAGCUUCAUGAAUUCACAAGGCGAGGUGAGUGUCUCUUAACCUGAACGAACACCUCCAUGGAUAAGAGGCAGAGGGAGUCUAGGUGAAGGCUCUUUUAUCAUACAAGUGGACAGCCUUUGGAGAGUAUGCAAUGGUUCUCAAACCAUUCUGUGGUAGCUGUAGAUCUAAGAACUUCAGUCUGACAAUUUAAUGAGCCAUUGAUUUAUUUCCAACUGACUCACCACUAAAAUAUCAGAGAACAUUAAAGUUUUUUUGUAACAAAAAGGUUUUAUCGUUGUGUUGUAUUACUUUUCCUCAGUUAUUGUGUGUCAAACCUGGAAUUGACUAACUUUUCAAAAGAAAUUAACAUAAAGGUAUAACAAUUCAAAUAAAAGUAUGCACUUACCCCCAAAACAUAUAGUAUAGACAUUGAAAUGGUUUGAAAUAAAUAUUGUUUGUAAUCUAAAAGUAAAGUUGAAUCACAAUAGUCUCAGAGAAUUGUUUUGAA